GAACAAAGGGCUUCAUCCACCGGCCUCGAGCGAGUCGUCUUACACGACCCACAAGAGGUGGUGUUCGUCGUUGUAUCAUGGCCUUCGCCUCAAAUCCAUUAUCGCUAAGCGUGACGGAACCCGCCUUCGAGGCAUGGCUGCGCGAAACCGGCUACCUCGAGAUCCUCGACGACCGCGCCGCCUCCGCCGACCCCUCUCCUCCCUCAUCUUUCCCCUCCCCUUCCUCCUCCUCCUCCACCGCGGUUCCCGACGCCCCCCUCCGCCCUAGGACCUCCGCUCCUGCAGCCGGGCGCGGUGGUCUCGCCGCCCGCGCCUUCUCCUCUAUGCGCACCCUUGCCUCCCUCUUCACUCUGAACCCUUUCGCGAAGCUCACGCCCGAGGACCUCUCCGUCGGGACCCCCUCGUGGACUCUCGAGUUCAUCGGCGCUGCCGGCUCCUACUCCUGGCCCGCCGGAUCCGCCCAGGCCCGGAUGAGGGUGCAGGAAAACGUUCGCCGCUACGCCCGGAACUAUGCACUGCUAUCGGUUAUCGUCUUCGCUUGCACCUUGUACAAGAUGCCGGUUUCGCUUCUUGGACUGAUUGCGUGCUUGGUUCUCUGGGAAUUUGUGAGGUUUUGCGGUGAUAAGUGGCAAUUGGAGGAAAGGUGCCCUGGAUUAAGACAGGCGUUCGUUCACAUUGCUCAGCUUGCGACUGCAGUGGUACUCUAUAUGUGCAAUCUUCAACUAGCUAUUGCUUACACGGUUGGUGUCAGUUAUGCAGUCCUCAUUUUUCAUGCUUUUCUGCGGAAGUUGACUCCAAGACGGAUCCCGGGGGCUAACCAGCAUGGAAGAUUUCUGCAGAGAAGGUAACGAUUGGCAGCAAAACAAGUGCUCAUCCCAGCUGUGGAGGGAGCAUGCACUUUUGAUGUGGAUCUCAUCGUUAGUUUCCAACAUAGGAUACUGUUAAAGCUCUAGAACUUCUUUUAGGGAUAGAAAAAGUUUAUCCAUUUAUGCUCUGUGUCAUUGCUCUACACUCAUGAAAGUGUAACAGCUAAUGGCAGUGGCAUUAAGGGGAACAAAGACUACUCUUCUAUAGGACAGAUUGUGCACAGGAUACAUCUGCAAUCCUUCUUGUAAACACAGGUAGAUCCUACUUGACAUUUUUGAGUUGUGAGACUCAAAAUUGGAAGAUUGUUCUUUUGGCAUUACUGCUACAGGUAAAACCCUUGAAUUUCUAAGCGUUAAA